AUGCCGGAUCCUCUCAGCAUUUCUGCCGGCAUUGUCGGCCUUCUACAAGCCGUGAAAAGCCUUCAUGAUUUCAUGAACAGUAUGAAUGAUGCCCCCGAAACUCUUACUCGAGCUAGAGAUGAUCUCAAGUCAACCGAGAGCGUCCUCGAGGACUUGCGCCAGUAUCUUGAGAUGCACGCGCAAACACCGCCAGCAGCAAAGGCUCUUACUGACCAGAAGUCAGCUUUGAGCUCCGUUCUGCCGCAGUUUGAGAAAUUAUGCAGGGACUUCCACAAGAAGCUGGAUAGUUGCGUUCGCCGUUCAGCUGAAGGCAGCAAACUGGCCUGGACAGACCGGGUGGUGGCCAGUCUGAAGAAGGGAAGCAUCGAAAAGUUCCGAGAGGAAGUAUCAAAAGCCCGGCAGCUCAUCAGCUUGAGAGUUGAUAUGGUCUCACUCCUCAAUGCCGAACAAAACACUGCAGCGCUCCACGAUUUCCAACACAAGAACGAAACGACAAUGGCGAGCAUCAUCCAGCAACUCGGAGAAAUUGACAUAUCCAUGAGGAAGUUCCAAGAGCUUUCUGACGAGUCUUCGGAGGCCAUGGAGAAAGCCCUCAGGGACCAAGAAGUUGCGCUGAAGGAACAACUCCUCCUGUGUGAGGAGAACCGUGUCGCAGCCGACAGCCGAGUGCGUCACGAGCAAGACUUUGGUAACACAAAGGCUGGAGACAACGCGCGGAACCUGCAGAUCUUGGAUUUAGACAAGGUAAAAGGCUCGUUCAAACAGAAGUAUGGCAGUCUGGAAAUUGGCAAUGGCACGUGGAGCGCCCAGGGUGCCGCCAGUGCGACUAUGGUAGAGAGGUUCUUCUACGGACCUACUGCCGCCUAUCAGCCGGAAAGUUCCCGAGGUCCUGGAAGGCGGCUGGGUAGUAACGUCGCUACUUUGGAUGGCAUUCGAAGCGGGUCGGCACCUGGAUGGUCUGGAUCGUAG